AUGGCAACUACAGACGCUCAAAAGCUGCUGGCGGGAAUCAGGACGGCUUUCCAGCAACUACGCGAAGGAUCAACCGAGCGCAUAUUGGGAGACCUGACACCUACCAUAUCUACCAACAAGCCGAAGCUCGAGCUAUGGAAUUCGAAUUUACCCCGAAAUAUUAAGGAGAAAAUCCAUCACCUGAUCUCCGAUCAAGCGCGAAAUGAACCCUUGGCUCCAGCCAUGAUGUCCUGGGACGGGGAGAUGAAUUUCCGUCAGCUUGACCAUAUUUCCACUCAAUUGGGGGAAUACCUUAAUUGUCUGGGAUAUGGGGCUAAAUCUAUCAUUCCUGUCUGCUUCGAAAAGUCGAUGUGGUAUAUCAUCGCUGUUCUAGGGACGCUGAAGGCUGGCGCCGCGUUUCUACCCUUGGACCCAUCCCAGCCUAUUGGACGUCUGCAUGAGAUAGUCGGCCAAGUACAAGCCGACGUUUGUUUGGUCUCUAAAGAAACCGGCUCGCUCUUCCCAGCCCCACAGUUUAAAACUAUCCCGGUUUCUCAGGAUGGCUGGCCGCGCAAUGCCAACGAUGGCCUUUACUUGUCGAAGGCAGAUAUUACAGGCGAUCCAGAAGUUCCAAGGGAUCCAUCCAACCUGGCGUACAUAAUAUUUACCUCUGGAAGUACGGGAAAGCCGAAAGGCGUAAUGAUUGAACACGACUCGUUCUGCUCUGGAGCUUGUGUGCGAGCAGAGCUGAUACAUCGAAACAAAGACUCGCGAGUCUUUAGCUUCUCGUCAUACAGCUUUGAUACGAGUAUUGAAGACGUACUGACGACUUUGAUCGUUGGUGGUUGUGUCUGUAUUCCUUCUGAGUAUGAGUCCAAAAAUGAAUUGGCCGAAGCCAUCCGGCGUUAUCGUGCCAAUACUCUCGAUACGACACCAUCGGCAGUUGCUGCAAUAUCUCCAGAGGAUACGCCAGGACUCACAACAAUAAUCCUAGGAGGGGAGGCAAUGACUGCCGAUAAUGUGGCCAAAUGGGCAUCUCGAGUGACUCUGAUCAACACCUACGGGCCAAGCGAAUGUUCUAUCGUCAGUACAGUGGCUCCCCCGGCAGCGGUGGAUACGGAUCCAUCUAACAUUGGCCGCGGCAUCGGCUGUAUUACUUGGAUUGUGGAUGAGAAUGACCAUGAAAGACUCAUGCCUAUUGGCGAAGUAGGAGAGCUCCUCAUAGAGGGGCCAAUUGUUGGGCGCGGCUACCACGGGGACGCAAGCCACGAAGCCUUCCUUUGCAAUACGAAAUGGCGUUCGACCUUCAAUUUGAAACCGAGCUGGAGGUUUUAUAAGACUGGCGACCUCGCCCGAUAUGCAACUGACGGAUCUAUUGUGUUUGUGGGAAGAAAAGACAGCCAAUGCAAAAUCCGGGGCCAGCGCGUCGAAGUUGCCGAGAUUGAAUAUAGGUUGCGAGAUGGCGUUGCGCACGAGCAGGUAGCAGUCGAGUGCAUUCCCAUUCCAGGACUGGGGCCUACGAUUGUCGGGUUUCUAGGAGAUAAAGCAAAGGAUGAAAGCAGUGACGCUGUACUUCACACGGCAGGUUCACUGCCCCCAGCGUUGAGCAGCAUCCAGUCUCAUCUUUUGACUCAUCUACCUACAUAUAUGGUUCCCUCAUUUUACGUUGAGGUUGGACAUUUCCCCAUGCAAAUAUCUGGAAAGCUUGGUCGCGGAGCGCUAAGGAGCAUUUUCAUGAAGCUUUACAAAACGCAAUGUAGCACUCGCAAUGCAGUAGCUGCAGCAGAAAGUGCGAAACAGCCUCAGCAUUUCAUUGGGAUAGCCCUUCAAACUCUCUGGGCCCGGCAACUGGGCAUCAGGGCGACCAGCAUAGGUCUCCAUGAUACAUUCUUCGCCCUUGGUGGGAACUCUCUCAAAGCCAUGCAACUUGUCACCCAAUGCAGGAAAGCCGGCCUUUCUUUAACGGUAGAGGAUAUUUUCAAGGGUCCAAGUCUUGAAAAAAUGACUGCCUCAGUUCUCUCCCGUACCAGUGCUACUACGAUGCCCGUCUCUGAUGGUCAAAAUAACGCAAAACUCUCACGACUCCGUGACACUCUUCCCACGGUCGACAACGUGACCAUUCAAGAAGUUUGCGCGGCCUGUGGGAUAACAGCCAACCUCAUACAAUAUGUAUAUCCGUGCUCGCCGUUGCAAGAAUCAUUCAUGCGGGGAAGCCUGCAUCAGCCAGGGUCAUACAUCGCCACUCAUAUCUUCAAGAUUGUUGAUGACGCAGAUCCACACAAGUUGGUUGAAGCAUGGUCUACAAUAGCCAAGGAUAGUUGCAUCCUCCGAACAAGAUUGGUACAGACUGAGUCUGCAGGUCUAGUGCAGGUCGUUCUUCACGAGAAAUUGGUAUGGAAAAAAGCAGCAACACUUGACGAAUGCCGCCGCAACUCUGAGCCCAUGGCUAUACAAUCUGGCUCUCCUCUGUCCCAGCUGUACUUGGUGGAGGGUGAAGAGUCCUACUUGGCCUGGACUGCACAUCAUGCCAUCUAUGAUGCUUGGAUGCUGGAUCAACUAACUGAAGCUCUUCGGGCGGCAUAUACUGGCACCUGGGUCCGCCCAAAAGCUGAGUAUCGCGAUUACAUCCGCUACAUCAAGACAUUGGAUUCUGACGCGACUCGCCAAUUUUGGAAGACUCAGCUGGCAUCACCGUCUUCCGCUGGUCGUUUCGUCAAACAAGACCAACGACGCCAUACUCUACGAAUGGAACGCUCACUCGAACAGACUGUCCAAGUUACAUUUCCCAAUACGUCCAACCUUGCAUUCUCAACAUAUAUUCGCGCGGCCUGGGCAUUGACGGUCUCGGAGUAUGGAGAAUCCGAAGACGUGAUAUUUGGGAUAGUUUUGGCCGGACGCGCAAUACAACUCGCAGAUGUGGACACAAUCAUGGCCCCAACAAUUGCCACUGCACCCUUGAGAAUUCAGCUUGACAGGAAAUCUACGAUCACUAAUUUUCUUCAGCUUGUGCAGAACCAAAGUGCCUCAGUCAUGCCGCACGAGCAGUUUGGUGUUCAAAACAUCAAAGAGUUAAACCAAGACUGUUGGGAAGCUUGUGAUUUUGAAUCGCUAUUAGACAUACAUCCCAUGGUUGAUCAUGUGCAGCCCAACACAAUCAUUGAACUUGAAAGCUCUCGAAAUGACUCUCAAUCAUUUCACACUCACCCUCUAGUGCUGACAUGCCGUCCGAAUCAAAAGAGUCUCGACUUGGAAUGCGUUUUUGACGAGAGUAUGGUUGAUCAAACGCAAGCUUUGCAAAUGGUGCAUCACUUUGCCCAUAUGCUGCGACAGCUCGUCCAUAUAGACGGGCUUCAGUCUUUGACUCAAUUAGACACUGAAGCACUGCUUCAUCAGUGGAAUUCCACCGAAUACUGCGCUGUCCAAAAUUUCGUCCAUGAGAAGGUGCGAGCACAGGUGAUGUUGGACGCCAAGCGUCCGGCAAUCGAGGCCUGGGAUGGAAAUUUCACGUACGGGGAGCUUGAUAUUGUAUCAUCAAGAUUGGCUGUUUACCUGCAAGACAUUGGAGUCGGUGACAAGCCCAUCAUACCACUCUGCUUCAGUAAAUCGGCAUGGGCCGUUGUUGCGAUGCUUGCAGUCCUCAAAAUCGGAGGAGCUUACGCCGCUCUCGAUCCAUCACACCCUUCAGAGAGGCUUAGAAUGAUGGUUAACCAUACAAAAGCGACACUUGUGCUGGCAGGAAAAGAACACGCGGCAAUGUUUGACGGCCAGGUCGAGCAUGUCGUGGUUCUGCAUGAUUUGCUCUUGGCAGAACUCCCUCAACCUCCGAUCAAGUUGGAGCUCAAGGCGCCUCUCGACCCUCAGGACGCAGCGCUGAUUGUAUUUACUUCUGGCUCUACCGGUGUCCCCAAAGGAGUCGUUCUACAACAUGACGCGUUCUGCACACUCGCCGACGGAAUGGCUGCAGAAAUGAACUUUAGCGCAGAUAGUCGAGUCCUACAGUUCGCCGCAUAUGCAUUCGACGUCAGUAGCAGCGAAAUAUUUUUGACACUGAUUCAUGGCGGAUGCUGUUGCAUUCCUUCCGACGCAGACCGUCUGAGUAAUCUCGCCGGUGUCAUCGCAGACUUCAGGAUCAACUGGCUCUAUCUUACGCCAACAGUUGCGAACCUUGUCUUGCCUGAAGAUGUCGAGAACGUCAAAACUCUUGUUCUUGGGGGCGAGGCUGCCAGGCAGGAGCUUAUUGACAAGUUUGCUAAUCGUACUUGCCUGAUUAACAGUUACGGGCCUGCCGAAGGUACUAUCUGGCCAUCAAUGGCCAAGUUCAGCGCAAGCUCAUCACCCUCAGAUAUUGGGUCCGGAACACGGUGCCACAUGUGGCUGGUGGACCCAAAUAAUCAUGACCAGCUUGUCCCGAUUGGCGUACCGGGUGAGAUACUGCUGGAGGGCCCCAUGGUUGCCCGCGGGUAUCUCUUUGAUGAAGCCAAGACGAAGGCAGUUUUUAUUGACCCGCCAAAUUGGGCUACGCCCCGACGAGAUGGACUCCGACGCAGGUUUUACAAGGUUGGAGAUAUGGCUCGACAGAAAGCUGACGGGACUCUGAGCUUCUUGGGCCGAAAAGACACGCAAGUCAAGCUACGAGGUCAACGGAUAGAGCUCGGCGAGAUUGAAUUCCGCAUUGCCAAAAACUCUCAAACCAUCAAGGCUGCCGCGGUCGAGGUUGCUAAUCUGAACAGGCAAUCGCAAGUCCUGGUAGCUUUCGUCAGUUUCUCAGGCAAUGUGGACAUAUGCUAUGAGAACAAUAUUGGCGCGGUGACAACACCAAUACGCAAUGACUUACUAGCUUUGCAAGAGAGCCUAUCAAAGCAUCUGCCGCCAUAUAUGAUACCCUCGUUCUACAUCCCACUCGAGCAAUUACCAAAGACAUUAUCCCAAAAACUAGAUAGGCGCGCUCUCAGGACUUUGUUCGAGAACAUUCCGCGAUCGAACCUGAAAGAGUAUUCGCUUUCACUUCAUUCGACAAGAAAAGCAUCUUCGCCUCUAGAACGACAGGUCCAGUCACUUUGGGCUAGGAUACUGAAUAUUAAGCCCCAAGAUAUUGGUAUGCAUGAUAGUCCUGUAAGACUGGGUGCUAACUCCUUGACGGCAAUCCAAGCUUCCACACUGGCCAGAAAAGAGGGCUUGAACAUGCCGGUGACCGCAAUCCUUCGUGCAAAGAGCUUAGCUGAAAUAUGCGAUGCUACUUCGCCGAUUAGACAUCUGGAAGAACAGCCAUUGGAAGCAUUUGGCCUCCUCAAAAAAGGAGACAAGUCAGACUUCAAAAUACUCAUGGCCGAGAUUGAAGACCAAUGCAAUGUCGAUCAGGCCCAAAUCGAGGAUGCAUACCCCUGCACACCUCUCCAGGAAGGAAUGAUUUUGCACUCGGAGAACCGGCCAGGCUCCUACGUUGCACAGCGAAUAUUCCGACUUGACCCAGCAAUUGACGUUGCAAGGUUCAGAAGCGCUUGGUGCAAUGUUGCAAAGGGUUGUGACAUUCUCCGGACUCGUAUAGUCUCAUCGGAGGCGUGGGGCCUAGUGCAGACGGUAUUGGACGAGACAAUUGUUUGGGCCGAAACACAAGAUCUCCAGACUUACCUUCAUAAGGAUCAAAACUUGGCUUUUGACUUUGGAGCUCCGCUUAUGCGAUUUUGUAUUGCCGAAGGGUGUGAUAAUGCGGUUCGCCUAUUCAUUUGGACAACCCAUCACGCUGCGUACGAUGGCUGGACGAUAAAUCUCCUCUUGCGCCUGGUAGACCAACAAUACCACGAGGGCUCCAUCCCAUCGCCGCCUCGAUUUGCCGUGUUUAUGCAAAGCAUUCUUUCCGCUAAACAAUCUGAGUCAACAACAUUUUGGGCACAGCUGCUGAACGGUUUUGUAUCUCCAGGUUCCAAGUUGGUUAAACCCUCAGUUGACAAGAGCCCGCUGUCGAAGACUGUGAAGCACUCUAUUCAGGACUUCGGUAUAGGUCGUUGUCCAGUCACUGGGCCUUCGUUGAUUCGAGCUGCCUGGGGUCUUCUGCUUGGAAGUUAUUACGACUCACGAGACGUUACGUUUGGAACCGUCACCAACGGUCGCAGCACUGCAGUCCUUGGAAUUAUGGACUUGUGUGGCCCUACAAUGUCCAUCAUCCCAACGAGGGUUAAAAUUGAUGAUGAAAUGAACCUACAUUCCUUCCUUGUCAGGAUUCAGAACCAAGGCCUUGAGGCAAUACCGUUUGCGCAGUAUGGCAUGCAGUAUAUUCAAAGGAUCGAUCCCAGCACACGAGCUGCAUGCCAAUUCGAGACUCUGCUCGACAUUGACAUUCAGAACGACAAAGACAUUCCAGAUCUCUUCGGCUCCGAAGAACGCUCAAGGACUGUGGAGGCUUUCCACACUUAUGCCAUUGUCUUGGGCGCCAGAAUCACCAGUGACAGGCUCGAGUUUGAAAUGGAAUUCGAUUCUCGCCGGAUCUCGGAAAGUCACAUACACGGCAUCCUGAGGCAUCUGGAACGGAUAAUCCAACAGCUAAAAAAUAGCUCAGAC